AUGCUAGAUAUUAUUAAAUUCAAUAUAAAUAAUCCCUUCGCAGGGCUUCUCGCUCGGCUGAAGGGUUGCCGGCUGUUAAAGGGUUCGCCGGCUGUUUGCCGGCUGUUAAAGGGUUCGCCGGCUGUUAAAGGGUUCGUGAACGGCUCUUCCGCCGAACACUCUUUCAGUCGUCUGAUCGCAUUCUUCCUUCUAAUGGCGACGUGCAAUCCACUGUUUUUGGCGAUCUAUGCCACGAUUGUUGCUGGUAUUAUCUUCUGUACUUUUGUGAUUCUCUCCUCGGUCUAUACUUCCUCACCUGCAGCCGGCGCCGGCGAUGGAGGAAACGAAAAAUACUUCCCGUCGCCGAAAGUAACCGGAACACCAAGGCUGCAAAGAGAGCCUUCGGACAUGUUCACAAGAGCCAUAUGGGAUGUGCCUGUUGAUAGUAAAAUGCCUGAUAUGAAGUCGUUUCUACUAACCAAGGAGAUGGUGAAGCACCGUGCAAAAGAUAAUAUCAUCAUUGUGACAUUUGGGAACCAUGCAUUCCUGGACUUUAUCUUGAAUUGGGUCAAACACCUAACGGAUCUUAAUAUUUUUAACAUUCUUGUUGGUGCUAUGGAUACCAAAUUAUUGGAGGCUUUGUAUUGGAAAGGGAUUCCUGUUUUUGACAUGGGCAGCAAAAUGGUAACAGUAGAUGUUGGGUGGGGAUCUGCCAAAUUUCACAAAAUGGGAAGGGAAAAAGUAUUGUUGAUAAAUGCUCUCCUACCUUUUGGUUAUGAGUUACUAAUGUGUGAUACAGAUAUGGUUUGGUUAAAGAACCCACUUCCAUAUUUUGCUCGUUUUCCUGAAGCAAGCGAUCAGAUUAGACCGUUUUUGCUUGGAACAGAACCCACUUCCAUGUUAACAUCAAGCGAUCAGAUUAGACCAACAACAACUGAUGACAGUUUGUAAGUCUGGCAGAAUGGUAUU